GGUGUUACUGUAAAAUGCAAGUUGGAUAAAGGGAGGACCUCUCGCCAAGGGCCCCAAUGAGUGGCACACAGUCUACUAUCACCGACAGGUUUCCCCUCAAAAAACCUAUAAGGCAUGGGAGUAUCUUGAACCGAGAGUCACCAACCGAUAAGAAGCAGAAAGUUGAACGCAGUACAUCACAUGAUUUUGACCCCACAGAUAGCUCCUCCAAGAAGACAAAGUCUAGUUCAGAGGAGAGUAGAUCCGAGAUAUAUGGUCUUGUUCAGCGUUGUGUGAUUAUCCAGAAAGAUGACAAUGGAUUUGGGCUGACGGUUAGUGGAGACAAUCCAGUCUUCGUACAGUCCGUCAAAGAAGAUGGAGCAGCCAUGCGGGCUGGAGUACAGACAGGUGAUCGAAUCAUCAAGGUGAAUGGGACUCUGGUGACUCAUUCAAACCAUUUGGAGGUGGUGAAGCUAAUCAAAUCUGGUUCCUAUGUAGCUCUCACUGUUCAGGGACGCCCACCUGGGUCGCCCCAGAUUCCACUUGCUGAUUCUGAAGUAGAGCCAUCAGUCAUUGGACAUAUGUCUCCCAUCAUGACAUCCCCUCAUUCACCUGGAGCAUCUGGGAAUAUGGAGAGAAUCACUAGUCCUGUGCUCAUGGGGGAGGAAAACAAUGUGGUUCAUAACCAGAAAGUGGAAAUUCUGAGAAAAAUGUUACAGAAAGAACAAGAACGGCUACAGUUAUUACAGGAAGAUUACAGCCGAACACCUGCCCAAAGAUUGCUAAAAGAGAUCCAAGAGGCCAAGAAACACAUUCCUCAGCUGCAAGAGCAGUUAUCCAAAGCCACAGGCUGUGCUCAGGAUGUAGCCAUAGUUAUACCCUCUAGGUCUUUAGGUGAUGCCCUGACGGUCAGUGAGGCAGAAGCAGAUCCUGGAGAUGGAGUGGGCAGGACUAACUGUAGCAGUGGAGAUGCUUCUCGGCCCAGUAGUGACAAUGCUGAUAGUCCCAAGACUCGCCUGAAAGAGAGGAUUUUUGUAGAUGAAAACCCAGAAAAAAAUGAAGCAAUUCAGGACAAGGACACUGACAUUCAGUCACUUGUGGGGAGUCCCUCAACCCGUAUAGCACCUCAUAUUAUUGGAGCGGAGGAUGAUGAUUUUGGUACUGAACAUGAACAGAUCAAUGGGCAGUGCAGCUGUUUCCAGAGCAUUGAACUUCUAAAAUCUCGCCCUGCUCACUUGGCUGUUUUCUUACAUCAUGUAGUUUCACAGUUUGACCCUGCAACGUUGCUUUGUUAUCUCUAUUCAGACCUGUAUAAGCAGACCAAUUCCAAGGAAACUCGUCGCAUCUUCCUUGAGUUUCAUCAGUUCUUCCUGGAUCGAUCUGCACACCUGAAAGUUUCUGUUCCUGAUGAAAUAUCUGUAGAUCUAGAAAAGAGAAGACCUGAGCUUAUUCCUGAGGAUCUACAUCGCCACUACAUCCAAACUAUGCAAGAAAAAGUCCACCCAGAAGUUCAGAGGCACUUGGAAGAUUUUCGGCAGAAACGUAGUAUGGGACUGACCUUGGCUGAAAGUGAGCUAACUAAACUUGAUGCAGAGCCUAACAAGGACCGGAUAACUUUGGAGAAGGAGAGGGCAUGUGCAGAACAGAUUAUUGCCAAAAUUGAAGAAGUGUUGAUGACUGCUCAGGCUGUAGAAGAAGAUAAGAGUUCCACAAUGCAAUAUGUUAUUCUCAUGUACAUGAAGCAUUUGGGAGUAAAAGUGAAAGAACCCCGGAAUUUGGAGCACAAGCGGGGUCGGAUUGGAUUCCUUCCAAAAAUCAAGCAAAGUAUAAAGAAAGAUAGAGAAGGCGAAGAAAAAGGGAAGCGAAGAGGAUUCCCCAGUAUCCUGGGACCCCCAAGGAGACCAAGCCGUCAUGACAACAGUGCAAUUGGCAGAGCCAUGGAACUACAGAAGCAGCGUUACCCUAAGCACUUACCCACACCCUCGUCUGUGAGUCCUGAACCCCAGGACUCUGCUAAGUUGCGCCAGAGUGGGUUAGCAAAUGAAGGAACAGACACUGGAUACCUGCCUGCCAAUUCCAUUUCUUCAGUGGCUUCAGGGGCCACUCUUUCCCAGGAAGGAGGGAAAGAGAAUGAUAUGGGAUCAAAGCAAGUUGGAGAAACACCAGCAUCUGGAGACUUCUUAGAUGGCAUACCCCGUACUCCCAAUACUGUCUUUGAUUUCCCACCUCCUCCAUUAGACCAAGUACAGGAGGAGGAAUUCGAAAUAGAAAGGGUGACUGAACAUGGGACACCAAAGCCCUUUCGGAAGUUUGACAGCAUUGCUUUUGGAGAAAGUCAAAGUGAGGAUGAACAAUUUGAAAAUGAUUUAGAGACAGAUCCACCAAACUGGCAGCAGCUUGUUAGUCGAGAAGUGUUAUUGGGACUAAAACCUUGUGAGAUCAAAAGACAGGAAGUGAUUAAUGAGUUGUUCUACACAGAAAGAGCUCAUGUUCGAACGCUGAAGGUUCUUGAUCAAGUGUUCUAUCAGCGAGUGUCCAGAGAAGGAAUUCUGUCACCAUCAGAACUACGGAAGAUUUUUUCAAACUUGGAGGAUAUUCUUCAACUCCAUAUUGGGUUGAAUGAGCAAAUGAAGGCUGUUCGAAAGAGGAAUGAGACCUCUGUUAUUGAUCAUAUUGGAGAAGAUUUGCUGUCCUGGUUCAGUGGACCAGGAGAAGAGAAGUUGAAACAUGCUGCUGCUACCUUUUGCAGUAACCAGCCUUUCGCCCUGGAAAUGAUCAAAUCUCGUCAGAAAAAGGAUUCUCGAUUCCAGACUUUUGUGCAAGAUGCUGAGAGUAAUCCACUGUGUCGUCGUCUUCAGCUGAAGGAUAUCAUUCCCACCCAAAUGCAAAGGCUCACUAAGUACCCACUUCUACUGGAUAAUAUUGCCAAAUACACAGAAUGGCCAAUGGAAAGGGAAAAGGUGAAGAAAGCUGCAGAUCACUGUCGUCAGAUCUUAAAUUAUGUAAAUCAGGCUGUCAAGGAGGCAGAAAACAAGCAGCACUUAGAAGAUUAUCAGCGUCGCCUUGAUACUUCCAAUCUGAAGUUGUCAGAGUACCCCAAUGUUGAAGAGCUCAGGAAUUUGGAUUUAACAAAAAGGAAGAUGAUUCACGAAGGGCCAUUGGUUUGGAAGGUGAAUAGAGAUAAAACUAUUGAUCUAUACACAUUGCUGCUGGAAGACAUUCUUGUAUUGUUGCAAAAGCAGGAUGAUAGACUGGUAUUAAGGUGUCAUAGUAAGAUUCUGGCAUCUACAGCUGAUAGCAAACAUACUUUUAGUCCUGUCAUUAAGUUGAAUACGGUGUUGGUUCGACAAGUGGCAACAGAUAACAAAGCUUUGUUCGUCAUCUCCAUGUCAGACAAUGGAGCCCAAAUAUAUGAACUGGUGGCACAAACAGUUUCUGAAAAGACUGUCUGGCAGGACCUUAUCUGUCGGAUGGCUGCAUCAGUAAAGGAACAAUCUACAAAGCCAAUUCCAUUACCACCAUCACCACCUUGCGAAGGAGACAAUGAUGAAGAGGAACCUACAAAAUUAAAAGUGGAACAUCAUGAUAUUUCAGUCCCUGGUCUGCAGAAUUCAGACAGAGAUUUGGGAUUAGAAUCUUCCUUAAUAUCAUCAAAACAUCCGUCUCAUGCACUGAGUACCUCUGGGAAAUCAGAGGUAGAUGAUCUCUUUGUGGCUGAGAGACAGUUUGCAAAGGAGCAGCAUGCAGGUGCAACUGUAAAGGAAGUUGGAGUAAAUUAUCAGCUGCCAAUCCCAGAUCCACAUUUGCCUGUCUCAGAAGAACGGUGGGCAUUGGAUGCACUAAGGAAUUUGGGUUUAUUGAAGCAGUUGCUGGUACAACAGCUAGGUUUGACUGAGAAGAGCACUCAGGAAGACUGGCAACCUUUUCCAAGAUAUAGGAUAACCUCUCAGGGGGUACAGGCAGACGGUGGAAUGCAGAACUCUGAAAAUAUUAAGGCCUGUCAUCCUGCUGAAGGACAGAUGCCCUUUAGAACUGGAACUGGUGACAUUGCAACUUGUUACAGUCCACGGACUUCAACUGAAUCUUCUGCUCCACGGGAUUCGGUGGUACUGGCAUACCAAGAUAGCCAGGCAAGUAACAUUUUGGUAAUGGACCACAUGAUUAUGACCCCAGAGAUGCCUACCACAGAGCCAGAAGGGGGUCUUGAGGAGAGUGGAGAGCACUUUUUUGAUGCCCGUGAAGCACAUAGUGAUGAUAAUCCAUCAGAAGGUGAUGGAGCAGUUAAAGUGGAAGAGAAGGAUGUUAAUUUACACAUCUCAGGAAAGUAUUUGAUCCUUGAUGGCUAUGAAACAGUGCAGGAGAGCUCCACAGAUGAGGAGGUUGCUUCCUCACUUACCCCACAACCCAUGACAGGCAUCCCCUCUAUGGACUCCACCCACCAGCAGCAACAUUCUCCCCAGAAUGCUCAUUCUGAUGGGGCAGUUUCACCGUUCACCCCAGAAUUCCUGGUCCAACAGCGCUGGGGAGCUAUGGAGGAUUCCCGUUUUGAGAUCCAGAGUCCCUCCUUUUGUGCAGAGUCACAAAGCCAGAUCAUGGAGUACAUUCAUAAGAUAGAGGCUGACCUUGAACACUUAAAGAAGGUGGAGGAAAGUUACACCAUUCUUUGCCAAAGGCUGGCUGGAUCAGCCCUCACAGACAAGCUCUCAGAUAAAAGUUAGAGGUGCGUGUCCUGGAGGUGACUGCAGAUUGUUGGACUUUGAGCAUCGGCAUUAUCUCACCAUAUCCUGGCUCCAGUGUGGACACACAGAGUGUUUUACAGAGGACCUGCCUGUGAACCACCUGGGGUUAACCAUGUCCCAAGGUGCCCAGAGCGGGACUAGUUCUUCACAGUGUGGCAGCUGCACUAGUCUGUCAGUGAGGGAAUAUCCAUUCUCUCACUCUCCUCUUCUCACUAUUGGAAAUUCAUUUUGAUUCAGAACAAAAACCAAAUGUAUAGAGCUUUGGGUGUAGGAUAUGAAAUUGUACUUAGACGUAAGAAAAAGAGAAAAAUCAGAUGUAUUUAUUUGACUUCAUUCCGUAUUUGAAAGCACAUUUUAAUUUUUAUUUUGCCUUGUUUUGUUUUAAUUGAGUAGUGGGAGUUUUAGCUUUAUGUAUUUAGUGCAACCAAGGAUCAAUCACUCCUGAAGCUAAGAGGUCAGGAUGGGUAUUAGGAGGUUGGGUAGAGAAGUGAAAAGGAGGAGGAAGUGCGAAGUGGAAGGGAGAGCAUCUUUCCUUCACUCAGCUGUAUUCCAUGCCCUCUGCUGUAGGCUGCUUUAUUGAGGGUCACCUCAAACGCAUAGUAUCCCUGUGGCUGUUCUGGGCAGAGGACUUGAGCUAUGUGCUGCCCAGGUGGUCAGAGAGUAAGUGGGCUUUGUCCCACUCUGAGGCAAGCACAUCUUCUCUGUAGCUGGGAUCAACCCCAAUUAACAGGAAUCCUCAAUGUACUAAAUAUCAGGCACUUGAAAAUGGGUGUGUUUUCUUUUAUUGUCAUCUCUUUUAUUGAGGGUUGGGAUUUGGGAGGGAGAAGAAAGCAAAUUUUAUUUUCUUGACUAUAAAUUUGUUAUUCUUGGUAUCAUUUCAUUUUUAUAAUUAUACAUUAGACUUUGGCACUUGUGUAAAAUUAUCCCUGCAGGUUAAGCAGGAAGUAAAAACAAACAAAUGGAAAUGCUUCAGGUGGUGGCAGGGGUGGGGGUUGCUAAGGAAGGGUGGGAUGGGAGUGUGUAAAGAGUUUGGAAAGGUGAUCUAACUGAAUCACUACUGAGUUGAACCAUGGCUUUUGUCAGCCACGGGUACUGCUGAUUAUAAGGCCAGUAAAAUUUUAGUACCUGGAGGUUUGACUCUAAUUUUUGCACUGCUGGUGCCAAAGGGCUCUUUGAGUCAAAAAUAGAGCCAGCGGUGGAGUGGAGAAAGAUGUGGGAAGGAGGCAGAACUGUUCACACCAACUCCAGAAGCACUUCCUCUGACUUCACUGCUGCAGCUCUUCCACACUGGGCCAUCGCUGACCUUAAAAACUGCAGCCAGAACAUACACUGGAUGCUGCGGGCAAGGUGUUGGUAACUGCCUGCUCUAGAGUGAAUAGUAGUAGUACUGGCAGCACCCUGAAGAGGAUAAAUGUUUGAGAAUUGUAACUUGAGAACUCCGUCAGUUAUAUUGGCUUUCUGUGGUUUUCUUUGUGCAUUAGGUAUAUAUGUUUUGGAGUAUUUUUGCCAACUAAAAUGAAAUCAUUUAUCAAAUCUGUAAAUUCUGUUAAUAAACAAGGAGUUCAUCCAUUGCUCACAUCUUUUAGUAGUGCCCUCUGAACUCUGUGGGUAGUCAGGAUGUAAUUUUUUCUUCCCUGCAGUCCACAAAAAAAAAAAAAAAAAAUUUCUCGGCACAAAUGGUAAGGAUAUCCAACUGCUUUUAUGAGCACCACGACAGUUUAACAAGCUCAUCUAUCUAUGUCCGGAUCCCUGUUUCUGUCCUUUCAGAACUGAUCUUUCUGUAGAUGAGGUUCUUUGGAUCUCAUCUAUAAAUUAGAAUUAUAUUUUGAGUAUUAGACCAAGUAUAAUUUAACUCAGAAUGGGAUUGAAAAUUGUAGAAGCAGAAGUUAAUAUAUGUGAAGUUUAGAACUUGAAACUUUCUGUAUCUCUUAGGAGACACAAGUAGAAACCAAAUGGUUAUAUAUUGUGCUGCAGGAAAUAUUGUAGUCACUCCCAACUAAAAGAGUUACAUCUGUAGCCACUUGACACUAACACCAUCAGGGGGCAGGUAAUCAGGAGAAUGGUAAAUAUAAUAUGAGUAGAACUUUCAUCUUAAUUUCUGACACUUCAGGGUAAUCACAUAGUUAAGUCAAUUAAGAAGCUUGUAGGUUAGGAAAGUUUUGGGUUCUCUCAGCCAAUAUCUUGUCUUUAGUAAUUACUUGCUUUUCUUUUCCUGCAGUUUAACCUCUUCUUGGAGUUAUAACAGGACUAACUGGAAAAAUACUAGGACCGUACAUAGCUCUAGUACUUCCAAAUAAAUUCAUAUCUAGAUUGUCAAAUGAAGCCCCAAGGCAAAGUCUAAUUCUGAAAAGGUCCCAAAAUUUUGAGUGCUGUCUUUAUCUUACCAGCCUGAUGACUUCUCUUCUCCCUCCCAGCCUGGCCUCCUAGGCCUUCUAUUUAUUUUGGCCAUUAUAAUCACAUCCAUUGUACUUUCAUAUUAUAUCUCCCUUUCAGGAUGAUGGAAUUAGAUUUUCAUCCUGUCUUUGAGUGAGAUGGUACCAUCAAAGUAGUUUUCUCAGUUACAUGACUAGAAUUGGAAUCCACUACUAUACUGAAGGGUACAAAGGUGGUAGACAAAGCAACGUUCCCAGAGUGAGAAAGCUGCAGUUUAGCUGUUGAAGUGACCUGUUAUGACACUGUGUUCUCUCCUGUGGGCUUAAUGGCUCCUUUGUUACUAAGUGGCAAAUUACAUUUGGAGUGUCUCCUUCCUUUUCAGAGAAUAGAGUUAACCAAGGCAAAUCGGCAAGCCCCCAAAGUGCUGUAAUUUAAAAUUAUGAUUACUGCCCUAAAAGCCAUAUGUUUUAAAAUCAGGUAACUUGGACUGCUUUGCGUUAUGUUGCCUUUUAGAACCUAAAUUGUAACUAUUUAUUAUAUUGCUUGGGAGGUAUAAACUUUUUGGCUUUUCCAUCUUGAAACAACUUCUAAUGAUAGUUAGAAAGGAUGAAUCCCCCUUUUAAAAAGUUUUUUGCUUAUUUAUUUUUGAGGGAGGAGAGAGAGAAGCUACUGAGAUGAUAGUAGCAGAGAAAAGUUUUAUUUUUUCUUCUUUUUAGAAGCUAAAGAAAAUACUUAGGCUUCCUGUGAAUUUUACUUACAUCCCUCCCCCCCGCCCCCCGUUUGAUUAGUAAAUUUGGUGUAUUACAUGGGGUUUCCAUAUUUCAAAUAGGAAACUUUCUUCUCUGAAGUUGGUAUUUCAUGUUAUUUUGAGUUACUAGAGCUUUGGUCAGUAUUUCCUUCUGUAUAUGUCACAGAGGGCACCAUUGAGAACCGUGUGCAUAGGAUUUCAAAAUACAAAAUUAGCAGGACCUUACAAUCAACUGCCUGCUAGCUAGAUUUUUUCCCCGCUGGUAUUAAAAGUUUUGUUUUGUAAAUCAUGUUUUUUUCUGAUGUUUCCACCCCUUUUCAGAGUGAUCUGCAAGAUUGUUUUUUCUUCAAGAAAAGAGUUCCUUUUGCCUCAUUCCUUAUGCCUUCCCCACUGGUACUGAGGGUUUUGAUAAUGAAUUGGUAAGGGGAAAAAAUGUACCCCCUAGAAGGAAGCCCUCCCCACCAUUUCCAGGUGCCAACUGCUAAGCAGAUGUACUGCAAAAAUGGUAACUGUAAUAUGCACACUGUUGGUUAUUUUUAAUAAACUUCUUCCUACUAGAACAUUUUAUUUUCUUUGUUCACCAUACAAUCAUGUAUUCUUUAACAGAAAUUGCUUUUAAAAAAAAAUCUGGAACUAUCUUUAAAAAAAGUUUAUUAAUAAUCAUGUAUUUUUACUGAUCACAUUUUGAAAUACCUAAAAGACUGUAUUGUUCUAAUUAUCCAAAUGUACCUUUGUAAAAUAGCUCUUUUAUGAAUUAGCUGAUAAGGCUGUAUGUUUCUGGAACGAAAUAUUGGUCAUCUAAAAACUUUCUGUUUUCUGGGGUCUGGGAAAAUAGAAAAUAAGAGUUCAAAUAUUAAAUAAGCUUAAA